CCAUUUUGGCCUAUGGGCACAGGCUGUGCCCGCGGCUUCCUGGCAGCCUUUGACACGGCCUGGAUGGUGAAGAACUGGGACCAAGGCACUCCUCCCCUGGAGCUGCUGGCCGAAAGAGAGAGUCUUUACCGGUUGCUACCUCAAACAACCCCAGAGAACAUCAACAAGAACUUUGAGCAGUACACGUUGGACCCAGGGACACGGUACCCAAACCUCAACUCGAACUGUGUCAGGCCCCAUCAGGUGAAGCACUUGUACAUCACCAAGGAGCUGGACCACUCACCUCUCGAGAGACUGGGCUCAGUGAGGAAAUCUGUCAGCCUCUCCAGGCACGAGUCUGACAUCCGGCCCAGCAAGCUCUUAACCUGGUGCCAGCAGCAGACCGAGGGCUACCGGCACGUCAACGUCACUGACCUGACCACCUCCUGGCGCAGUGGCCUGGCCCUGUGCGCUAUCAUCCACCACUUCCGGCCUGAGCUGAUCAACUUUGACUCUUUGAAUGAAGACAACGCUGUGGAGAACAACCAGCUAGCAUUUGAUGUGGCUGAGCGGGAGUUUGGGAUCCCUCCAGUGACCACAGGCAAAGAGAUGGCAUCAGCCCAGGAGCCUGACAAGCUCAGCAUGGUCAUGUACCUCUCCAAGUUCUACGAACUCUUCCGGGGCACCCCACUGAGGCCCAUGGAUUCUUGGCGCAAAAACUAUGGAGAAAAUGCUGACCUCAGCUUGGCCAAAUCAUCCAUUUCUAAUAACUAUCUCAACCUCACAUUUCCAAGGAAGAGGACUCCACGAGUGGAUGGCCAAACCGAAGAGAACGACAUGAACAAACGGAGGCGGAAAGGCUUCAAUAACCUGGAAGAGCCUGCAGCCUUCUCCAGCCGUAGCUUGGGUUCCAAUCAAGAGCGCAGCAGCAGUAAAGAAGGUGGAAAUCAGAACAAAGUCAAGUCCAUGGCGAAUCAGCUGCUGGCCAAGUUUGAGGAGAACACUCGGAACCCCUCACUCCUGAAGCAGGAACACCAUGUCUCAGGGAUAGGUAAGCCCGUCCUGUGCUCUUCCUCUGACUGUCCUGUUAACUCUUGCUGCCCCAAGCCGGAGGAGCCCACACCCAGCCUGGCACCUCCUCUGAAAAGGCAGUUGCCCCCCGUGGUUGUGACCGGCCAUGUGCUCAGAGAGCUCAAUCAAGUGUCUGCUGGUGGUGAGUGCCCAAGCAGACCCUGGAGAGCCAGAGCCAAGUCUGACCUGCAGCUGGGUGGGCCAGAAAAUUCCACAGCCCUGCCUCCUACCUGCCAGGGAGCGCUGGCCCUUUCUGGGGUGCUGCGGCGGCUGCAGCAAGUGGAAGAAAAGAUUCUUCAGAAGAGGGCUCAGAACUUGGCCAACAGGGAAUUUCACAAAAAGAACAUUAAGGAGAAGGCAGCUCACCUCGCCUCCAUGUUUGGACAUGGGGAGUCCCCACAGAAUAAACUACUCUCUCAAGGCCUGUCUCAUACACAUCCUCCGUCUUCUCCCUCUUGCCUUCCAUCUCCUGCUCCAGCUGCUCCUUCCUCUCUGCCGACUGUCGACUCUGCUUCUCCUGCCAGAAAGGAAAAGAAGCCACCUUCAGGUGUCCAUAUCCAUCCCAGCCACUUAAGAACAGUACAGCCUCAGCUGACGGUAGGGAAAGUGUCCAGCGGAAUAGGGGCUGCAGCUGAAGUCCUGGUCAAUCUGUACUUGAAUGAUCACAGACCUAAGGCCCAAACCACCUCUCCAGACCUGGAAUCUAUGCGAAAGGCGUUUCCCCUGAACCUGGGUGGCAGCGACACCUGUUACUUCUGUAAGAAGCGUGUGUACGUAAUGGAGCGGCUGAGUGCUGAGGGUCACUUCUUCCACCGCGAAUGUUUCCGCUGCAGCGUCUGUGCCACCACCUUGCGCCUGGCCGCCUAUGCCUUCGACUGUGACGAAGGCAAAUUUUACUGCAAGCCUCAUUUCAUUCUCUGUAAAACCAGUAGCAAGCAACGGAAGAGACGGGCAGAGUUGAAGCAGCAAAGAGAGGAGGAGGGGACGUGGCGAGAGCAGGAAGCUCCUCGGCGAGACACUCCCACCGAGAGUUCUUGCGCAGUGGCCGCCAUUGGCACACCAGAAGGCAGCCCCCCAGUUCAUUUCAGCCUUCCAGUGCUACACCCACUUCUUGGCUGACACACUUCUGCUCUGAGAUCCAAGGGCUUUGCUGUGGUUCUUCUUACCUCUCUUGGUUCAUAAAGCCCCAGAUGAAGCAGGAGCUUCUGCUGAGCAGUCAUCACCCCAGAGGAGGGAUGUAUUUGAGAAAUGACUCAGUUCAGCCUGGAGCAGCCAGUUUAAAUGCCCCUGUGGCUCUUCUUAAAACAUAUAUUCCCGCUGACUCAUUUACCUGGAGCAGCAAGACAGUCAAAGUGCUAAUAAGAAGAAUGACACACCAAGCACCAGAGAGCUGUCACAAGCCAGGCCUGGCAGUGUCUGUCCUGCAUGUGGCUCUGAGCCAUCCUGACCUCCUGGCGUCUGCACAGCCUGCCUGCUGCACCCUUGCUGCAUGUGUGCAGACCCUGGCCAGUACCAAGUCGUUGCUCUUAUCUUCUUUUGCAGAAUCUCCCUCCCUUUAUAGAAUGUCAACCAAAGAGUGCCCUCCUCCUUAGCUAGCCACCUCCUUAACUAGCCUCCCAAUCUCAUCGCAAGGCAUGUCUGUGACCUUUGGUAAUCAUUUAAAGUGCCACACAGAACCCUGUAUUUUGCACACAGCAAACAAUGUUUAGCUUUAUUUAUGGUAUUUGAUGCUGUAAAUGGAAAUAAAUAUGGUUCUUUAUAAAGCU